AAAAAUUUGGGGCGAGGGGGGAUGUCAAAGAAGAUAGGCGAUCAGAAGAGGCAGUGGUGGCAGGAGGGUAGGGAGGGGUCUGGAGGGCCCGGCCUCCAUUUGUGGCUUCAGCGUUCUGAAGGAAAAGGACGGGGAGGGGCCUUCGGGGUGGGCAUAGGGAGGUGGAAUGCAAGCAACGAUCCAUCCGUCCAUCUCAGGAAAUGAAGUGAUUGCCGUGGACUGGAAGGGCCUGAAGGAUGUGGACCAAAUCAACAUGGACAGCACCAGCUCGCUGCACGGGAGCAGCCUCCACCGGCCGUCCACCGAGCAAACCAGGACUGACUUCUCCUGGGACGGCAUCAACCUCUCCAUGGAGGACACCACUUCCAUUCUUCCGAAGCUUAAGCGAAACUCUAACGCCUAUGGCAUCGGGGCCCUGGCCAAGUCGUCGUUCUCAGGGAUCUCGCGAAGCAUGAAGGACCAUGUGACAAAGCCCACAGCCAUGGGGCAGGGCCGGGUGGCUCACAUGAUUGAGUGGCAGGGCUGGGGGAAGGCACCAGCCAUUCAGCCGCAACAGAGCCACGAGGCCGUGCGCAGGGAUACAGAUGCCUACUCCGACCUCAGCGAUGGCGAGAAGGAGGCACGUUUCCUAGCAGGCGUCAUGGAACAGUUUGCUAUCUCCGAGGCCACUCUCAUGGCCUGGUCCUCCAUGGAUGGUGAGGACAUGAGUGUCAACUCCACCCAGGAGCCAUUGGGCUGCAAUUACGGUGACAACUACCAGGAGUUGAUGGAGAGUCAGGAUGCCCUUGCUCAAGCCCCAAUGGAUGGAUGGCCUCACUCCUAUGUGUCCCAGGGCAUGUACUGUCUGGGGUCAUCGGAUGCCUGGGAAGCAAGCGACCAGUCCCUCAUCGCCUCUCCAGCCACAGGAUCCUAUCUCGGCCCUGCAUUUGAUGACUCACAGCCUAGCUUGCACGAGAUGGGACCUUCCCAACCUGCUUCGGGAUACUCUGCUCAGGAACCUCCGCCGUUGCUGGGGGGAGACAGUGACUGGGCUCCAGGGGUGGGCGGGGUGGACCUGGCAAGGGGCCCUGCCGAGGAGGAGAAGAGGCCAUUGGCGCCCGAGGAGGAAGAGGAUGCGGGCUGCCGGGACCUGGAGUCGCUUUCCCCACGAGAAGACCCCGAGAUGCCCAACGCUCUCAGCCGGAAGGUGUCUGACGUCACAUCCUCAGGCGUGCAGUCGUUUGAUGAGGAGGAGGGAGAGGCCAACAACUAGCUUCCUCCCACUGAAUGCCCCACCUCCCACUCCCACCUGAGGGGCAUGGCUGCAACCACACCCUCCCUUCCCCGAGCAGUACGGCUGAAACCUGGGCAGAAGACUGUCGCGAGCCCAGGAGCCCUUGCCAGCAAAACGGAGGGCCAGGGUGGGAUUUUAUGCAGGCUUACGCUGCAGAGACCACAGGUCCAGGAACUGAGGCCCAGGCAAGCAGACGGCCAUGAACUUCGCUUGGCUGCGGGCUUCUGGGUCUGUGGCGGUGGAGCUCCGGUGUGUAUCCUGAGCGCAGGCGCGCAGAGCGGCCCGUGGCCGGCCCCUGGAUCUCAGUUCUUUGCUCCCUGAUCUCGUCUGCCAGGAGCCUUGGCUGCAGCUGCCUGAAGGCCUCCUUUCUCCACGUCACUCUUGCUUGUCCCAACUCUGUUUUCUCUGGCUGUGGCCCAAGCUCAUCCCUCCUGUGCGGAACAGACCUCAGGGGCUGUUGGACAUGGUUCGAUGGGCACAGGGGAAGCAACGUACAGACCACGUCUCCUCAGACUGAGGGGGCUGUGCCCUCAGAGGUGACUUGGCUUCUGAGAUCAGGAGUCACGGAGGAGGUGGACGUGGCCGCUGGGCUGCACAGGGGCACAAGGGCUGUCCAGAGACCGGGCAGUCACUGGGGAGACCGAGGACGAACAUGGCCACUUGUUCUGGAAUCUUGACUAUCCUGUGGCUGAAAGGAGGACCCUAAGCAUCUGGGAAAGGACCCCGCCAGGGCUGGCUACUCCAGCUCUUGCUUCCCUUCUCUGCCUUCUUCCAUCUCCUGCUCUGGGAGCCCCGGGGCCCCAAGGGGGGGUGGGGGUGGCACAGGAUGCAGGUGUCCUGGCUAGACGGGGAAGCAUGAGGCUGUGUCUCCCUCCAUCCA